CCGAAUCCCAAGCGUCGCCAUUUUGUAAGCUCGGCAGUCGCUACAGAAGCACCGAGUGAGAAGAAAUCCCCUCAUUAAUCAGGCCAGAUUCCCGAGAAAAUAGAACCACAAGACUACCCGUUGUCGUCCGAAAGGAAAGGGAAUCUUAUCGUAUGUCCGCUAUCCAGAACCUCCAAACUUUUGACCCCUUUGCUGAUGCAACUAAGGGUGAUGAUCGGCUCCCAGCUGGGACAGAGGACUACAUCCACAUAAGAAUUCAACAGAGGAACGGGCGGAAGACUCUGACCACGGUUCAGGGCAUAGCCGACGACUAUGAUAAAAAGAAGCUAGUCAAGGCCUUCAAGAAGAAAUUUGCCUGCAAUGGGACUGUGAUUGAGCACCCUGAGUAUGGUGAAGUAAUUCAGCUGCAAGGUGAUCAGCGCAAGAACAUUUGCCAGUUUCUCACUGAUAUUGAACUGGCCAAAGAGGAGCAACUCAAAGUCCACGGGUUCUAGAGGCUGAUGUGAACGGACCCCUCCCCGAAUCUUAACCUAACCUCCCCUGUUGUUGUGCCCCCCCUCCCACUCCACCCUUCUCAAAGGAAAAAAAGCUGAAAAUGAUUACCUCUGAUUUGAGACUUUUUAGUAUGGCACCCUUAUUAAAACGACCUGUCCUGUUCAAGCAUGGACACACGACAAGGCAAAUUGUGGGAUAAAUGAUUUCUGUUUUUCAUCCCCUCCUUUAGCCAUUUUUUUUAGUUAAUCUUGUGCUGCUCUGAAGCACAAAUUCCAUGUAAUUUUUUUUUCUCUCUUUGUUUUGUACAAGGUGUUUCAAUAAAACCUUCAGAUGCCA